AUGUGUGGUAUUAUUGCGUUGAUCCAGGCGAACCCGUCAUCCUCGGCUGCCGUGGAUCUCCAUGAGGCCCUUUAUCUUCUCCAACAUCGUGGUCAGGAUGCAGCUGGUAUUGCAACAUGUGCAUCGGGGGGUCGGAUCUACCAACUGAAGGCCAACGGCAUGGCUGCCAAGGUCUUCCAGGAAGGUGCCAAGGUGACCAACCUGCCCGGCUCCAUGGGUAUUGGCCACUUGCGGUAUCCGACCGCGGGAUCCAGUGCCAACGCUGAAGCCCAGCCCUUUUACGUGAACAGCCCCUAUGGCAUCUGCUUUGCGCACAACGGCAAUCUGAUCAAUGCCGGGGACCUGAAGAAGCACCUCGAUCUUGAAGCCCACCGUCACAUCAACACCGACAGUGACAGCGAGCUCAUGCUUAACGUCUUCGCUGAUGAGCUGAGCGAAACUAAGAAGGCCCGUGUCAACCACGAGGACCUCUUCGCCAGUUUGAGCCGUAUGUAUCAACGUUGCGAGGGUGGAUGGGCCUGCACUGCUAUGCUUGCUGGAUUCGGCAUUCUGGGUUUCCGUGACUCAUACGGCAUCCGUCCCCUCAUUCUGGGCUCUCGUCAAUCGGUGGAUGGACCUGGCAUGGACUACAUGAUGUCUUCUGAGUCAGUCGCUCUGGACCAGUUAGGCUUCACCAACCACCGUGACAUUCAACCUGGAGAGGCUGUUAUCAUCGCCAAGGGUGGUGAGCCGGUCUUCCGCCAGGUGGCCCCCAAGAAGGCCUAUGCCCCGGAUAUCUUCGAGUUUGUCUACUUCGCUCGUCCUGACUCAGUCAUCGAUGGCAUCAGUGUGUACCGUAGCCGGCAACGCAUGGGUGACCGUCUCGGUGCACGAAUCCUCGAAGUUCUCGGUCCUGAGGUUGUCAAAGACAUUGAUGUAGUCAUUCCCAUUCCUGAAACGGCGACUACUUCUGCCACCAAUGUCGCAAUGUACCUGAACAAGCCUUACUGUCACGGUUUCGUCAAAAACCGCUACGUCUUCCGCACUUUCAUCAUGCCGGAGCAAAAGACACGUCAAAAGGGUGUCCGCCGCAAGCUCAAUGCCAUGAAGGCUGAGUUUAAGGAUCGCAACGUUCUACUUGUUGAUGACAGUAUCGUGCGUGGUACCACGAGUCGUGAGAUUGUCAACAUGGCCCGGGAAGCUGGUGCCAAGAAGGUCUACCUUGCCAGUUGCGCUCCGGAGAUUACCCAUGCUCACAUCUAUGGUAUCGACCUCGCCUCUCCUCAAGAGCUAGUCGCUCAUAAUCGGAACUCAGAGGCCAUUGCCAAGCACAUUGGUGCAGAGGCGGUCGUAUUCCAAACUUUGCCUGAUCUCAAGGACGCCUGUGCUGAUGUUGCCCGUGAGAAUGGCCAGCAGGAACCCACAAACUUUGAGGUUGGUGUGUUCUGCGGUAGUUACGUUACCCCCGUAUCAUCCGGCUAUUUCGAGCAUCUGGAGUUAGUCCGUGGCGAAGGCCGCAAGGCUAAGGCUCUCGACAAAGCCAAGGAAGCCGUUUCCAAUGGCGUUGCCAACAUGACCGAUUUUCAAAUCGCUGCUCAUGGAGUCACUAUGGACACCAAUGGCAAGAUCAUUCCGGCCCUUGAGAAUGGGCAGUCAGUGACCAGCGCCGGUGCCAAUCAGGCCAGCAAUACUGAAGAUCAACCGAACCCCAAGGUUUCAGACCGCAUGGAUAUCAGCAUCCACAACAUGGCUGACCAUCAUGAGGCAUGA